CUAACUCUUAGAUAGUGCAGCUUACGCUGGACCAGGCAUGGAUUACCUCCUUUGAUCCUCUCACCAACUCUAUGCAGUGGAUACAAUUAUUAUCAUCCUCAUUUUUACAGAGGAGAAAACUGAGGCCCAGAGAGGGAAAGUGACUUGCCCAGGGUCACACAGGCAGUAGUAAAUCGGGGGUUUGAACCUAGGGCAUCUGGCUCCAGAAUCUGCACUCUUAACCACACUGCUAGCCUUCCUCUCAGGUGAGGAAAUUACCUAGGGAGCCCAGUUCAGGAUAUUAAGGGGCUUUCCAGAUGUUUCUUAUAAAAAAGGGGGAUUGGGUGUGACAGGGCUAAGAACUACUGACCUAGCACAGUGUGUUGAUAUCCUCUCCCCCCUCCUUUUUCACUCCGUGUUCUGCCACCACAGUCCUGAAUCUGAGCCAGAAUUGGGGUGGGGGGCCGUGAGAUGUGUGGCCCUCACCCCAAGCCCAAGAGGGGCGUGUGGCAGAGGGCAGGAGAUAGACAGGAAGGAGUUGGCCAGGUGAGGCCUUCAGUUCCCUGCUGGCCGUGGUCCCGGGGACUGUUUAUGCCCAGACCCUGCCUCUUUCCUCCUCCUCCCUGAGGGGCGGGGAUCUCCUCUGUGGAAAAACACCCAGCUGGGCGAGCCCCGAGCCCCAGUGCGAGGGAGGAGGCAAGGGGGGCUGGGACUCACGGAGGACUCUUCCCCUCUCGUGACUGGUGUUUAGUGGGCUGGGUUCUGGGAAAGGGCCUGAUUGCAUCAGACAGGGCCUGAGGGGCUGGAGCCAGACUGCGGGCUGAGGAGGAGACGUGGCCUUAUAAAUUGGGGCCAGUGAACUGAGAGGUGUCAGGAAACUAGACACAAACAAAGCUUUAGAAGACGAGAGAGAGACAGCGAGAGUGAGCCAGACAUCAUGGCCACCUUCCCACCAGCAGCCAACCCGUCCCAGCAGCCCUCGGACCCAGAGGAUGAGGACCUGAGUCUGGAUGAGCACGACCUUUACGGCCUGGCUCAUUCUUACCAGGGAGUGGGAGGCCGGAAAGGUCGCACCAAGAGAGAAGCUGCUGCCAACACCAACCACCCCAGCCCUGGUGGGCAUGAGAGGAAGCUGGUGACCAAGCUCCAGAAUACCGAGCGGAAAAAGCGAGGGGCACGGCCCUGAAACAGAGCUGGAGAUGAGGCCAAAGCACAGACACUACACAGCAAUGGAGACAGGACCAUGGAAGAAUCAGCACCUGGACCGGAUCUAGGCCUGCUUGCCCUCCGCCCCACCCCCAGGACUUACCCCACCUGACUGAGGCUCCCAGGGGCCACUAAGGAAGCGCCCCAAGCCCCAGAAAAAGGACACGAUGGGGAGCAAGAGGCAGGGAAUAGAAAGGCAGAGUCAUGAAGUUACUCCCCAAAAGAAAGAUGCUGAAGACCUGGGAGCUCCCCAGGGUGGCAGUGACAAUAAACAAAAUUCAGCAGCUGCA